AUGGGGAAUACGGACAGCGUCCACGACGUGGAGAUGAACUCCUUGUCCAAUGCGGACAAUGAUCGUCCUUACAUCAAGAGAACACCAAUGCGCCCAAUGAUAGCGGAAUACGACCCAAAGAAGCACGGUGUGAAAACAGAACUGUCAGACACGGUUCUAGUCAAAUACAAGUGCGAGAAAAAUGACAUACCUAUUACCGUCACGAACGGUUCGACGUUACCACUUGUGGAACGACCAAACGAUGAGGAAGCGGCCCUUUACAAUCCGUUUGAGCACAGAAAGUUAGCACAUCCCACAUCGGAUUUAGACACACUGAUACAUCUACUGAAAGGAAGCUUGGGAACUGGGAUCUUAGCUAUGCCAAUGGCCUUCCGGAAUGCCGGUCUUCUGUUUGGCUUAUUCGCUACGUUCUUCAUCGGAGCUGUUUGCACUUACUGCGUGCAUAUUUUGGUUAAAUGUGCACAUAACCUAUGCAGGCGGACUCAAACGCCGAGCCUAGGGUUCGCUGAUGUCGCUGAAGCGGCGUUUCUUGUCGGUCCUGAACCUGUACAGAAAUACGCUAGAUUAGCAAAAGCGACGAUCAAUUCGUUCUUAGUGAUCGACUUAAUAGGCUGCUGCUGCGUGUAUAUCGUUUUCAUCUCGACCAAUGUAAAAGGGGUAGUUGAUUAUUAUACGGAAACCGACCGAGAUAUCCGAUUUUACAUGGCGGCAUUGUUACCUUUCUUAAUCAUAUUCUCUCUCGUGAGAAAUUUGAAAUAUCUGGCGCCAUUUUCCAUGCUUGCAAAUGUUCUGAUCGCCACUGGAAUGGGGAUCACGUUCUACUAUAUUUUCAGCGACUUACCAAGCAUAAAGGAUGUACCAAACUUCUCGAGCUGGUCUCAAUUACCUCUCUUCUUUGGCACGGCUAUUUUCGCUCUCGAAGGCAUUGGUGUAGUAAUGCCCCUCGAGAACAACAUGAAGACACCGACGCACUUCAUCGGUUGCCCAGGUGUCCUGAACACCGGCAUGUUCUUCGUGGUAUUGUUAUACAGCACCGUAGGUUUCUUCGGUUACUGGAGAUACGGCGAGGACACGAAAGCCUCGAUCACAUUGAACCCCGAGCAGAGCGAUAUCCUUGCCCAAUCCGCCAAAUUGAUGAUCGCCGUGGCCAUCUUCCUCACCUACGGCCUCCAAUUUUACGUGCCCAUGGAGAUAAUCUGGAAAAACGUGAAACAAUAUUUCGGUUCGAGGAAACUCUUAGCCGAAUACGUGAUACGUAUCGUGAUGGUGAUAUUCACGGUGACCGUGGCUAUUGCCAUACCAAACUUGGGUCCGUUCAUUUCCUUGGUAGGCGCCGUAUGCCUGUCCACCCUUGGCUUGAUGUUCCCGUCGGUGAUCGAACUGGUCACCGUGUGGGAUCAGGAAAACGGAUUGGGCGCCUGUUACUGGAAACUGUGGAAGAACUUGGCUAUCAUCUCGUUCGGCGUGCUGGGCUUUUUGACCGGUACUUACGUGAGCAUCCAAGAGAUUCUCGACGAGAAUAAAUGAAGCGCCGGGUUCGAAGGAGCUGCGGUGCGACGGAAUAAUCGCUCAGCGCGUACCAUAUAUAUAUAUAUAUAUGGCAGUCGUUGGACACCUCUUCGAGCGGAUUCGUCGUACCGGAGGGGCGACGAUCGCGACGACCACCUGACGGAGGAUGAUGCCGUUGUUGUAUCUAUCAUCACCAACAACCUGUGCCAGCAGCUUCGUCUCGCUCCUUCUUCCAAUUUUUUCCUCUUCGCAUCGACAGCACGACGACUGUAACGACGAUGAAGGCGUCGAGUAGUAGACGGGAUCUACGAUAAUUCUAUUUUUUUUUUUUUUUAUUAUUGCACUCUUGUUAUUCUUUGUAUUAAUUGUAAAUAAUUAUAUAGAUAAGAGGAGUCGUUAUGCUCGUGGGGAGUUCGUGUAUUUUUAAAAAUUAUUAUUUUAGAAAAAAAAUUCCUAUUAUUUAAAGAAUAUUGAAAAAAUGAAGCGAGAUAAGAAUAAAUUAAUUUAGCUGUUGUAUUUAAUAAUGAUUCGAAAGAUAUACAUACACGAACUCUUUUUUGUAGAAAGUAACACGGUCAUCAUCAUUGCUUCAUUUUUCUCUGCAACUUAUGUAACCAAUAUGUAUGUCGCGUAGAAUAUGGCUUGAUAUGUAUUAUAGAAAGCAUAAUCGAUUUUUACCGAAUUACGUCAGAGUCGUCGCUACUGACGUCGCGCCGUACGCCUAAUGCACGGUAAGAAUCAUUAAUGUGGCAUGUUAUAUCCAUCUCUCAAUAGAAACGAUAACGUAUUUAUUACGAACGAUUUCAAUUUUUUAAUUGAUUAAAUUCGAAAAUUCUCAAAUCCUCCUAAAUUCUCGUUUCCUAAAAAAAUUUCGAACUUUUGAAAGAGAUAAGAUUCGACAUGCGACAUCAAUGAAUUUUACCGCGCAUUUUACAUGUUCGAGCGAUUAACCGAGCGAAAAGUCAAUAGCACACAACGUGGCUCGGAGUACCCGGAGUAUACCCGCGGGAUGCAUGGAUUUCACGAUGCGCGUAUACGAUCCGUGCUGAAUAACUGCUGAGACGAGUGUUCGAUCAUCAAGGACGUGGAUGGAAGCGCCCUUUCUUUCUUCCCCUCCCCUCCCCCCCCAUUUUCUCUCUGUCUUUUUUUUCUUAUUUAUUUAAGUUGCGUAGGCCGUACGCACGACGAAGUUUUUUUUUUUUUUUUCUCUCUCUCUCCAUCGACUUCACACACAACUGCAGGACGGUUUCUUUUUUUUUUUUCUUUUUUUUUUUUUUUUUUCUUUGAUUUUUUUCUUCUUGUUUUUAGCAGCGUAUGUACGCAUUAAGUUAAUAGAUAUAUAAAUUAUACUUAAGCGUCGUUUCACGUUCACGAACAAGGACCGUUCGCGUUUUAUUUUAUUUUAUUUUUUUUUUUUUAUUGAUAUUUUUUUUUUUAUAUAUAUAUAUAUACACGUACACAUACAUAUAUAUAUAUACACACACACACAUAUGGCUUUAACGUGCGUUCGUUCAAUUUUUACCGCGACAAGAGAGUGAUUUGUAAGAUAAGAAGUUUCCAAGGUUACUCGUCGAUCGAUCUAUCUUUUUUAUCGUCGAAAAUAAAUAAUUACAUUUUACAUCUAAUAAUGUAAUAAUGAUUAAUUCAAUUAACGAGUUAAAUUAAUCUUGUAAUAAUUAAUUCUUGUCAAAAAUUUUUAAUAAUUUCACUUGAAGUCUGUAAAAAAUUUGAACGAUUGGAAUCGAAAUUUAGGAGAAUUUUGAAAAUUAGGAAAAUUUGAUGAAAAUUUUAUUGAUAUAAAAAUAAGUAGAAAAUCGAUUGAUUUAUUAACUCGUGGAAACUGUCCAUCUGUUCCUAGUGCACAUUGCACAAAAAAGAGAGACGAAAGAAGACGUGCAAAAAAGUGAUUGAUUAAGGAUAAAAAAAAAAAGAAAAAAUAGAAUGGCACGUAGGUGUGAUAAAUAUCGCGAUGUGCACGCUUGCUAGUCUGUAAGAAGUUUAGUGAAAGACAUCGAUGAUGAUCGCGCUACGCGUCAUCGUAAAAUAAAUCGAGAUUAAAAUAUAAAUUGGAGAAAAAACCUUUAACUUGACUUUAAAGUAAGCUCAAGUCUAAAUUAACCGAAAGGCGCACUUUCAUCGAUUCAAGAAUAAUUAAGAAUUUGUACAGAAUGGAUCAAUCAAUUUUUCGAGGAUUGUCGAAUUCUUAUAAAUUCUUAAAAAGGAAAAAAAAAAAAAGGAAAAAAAAAAAUUAUAAAAAAAAAAGGAAAUCACUCAUCUCAUUAUGGAUUAAAUUUUGACAAGUAUUUUGCAGGACAAUAAAGAGAAAAAUUUUUUAUCGAUAAUAAUAAAAAAAAUUAAUAAUCUCUUCGAAAAGUAAUAAUUAAGGUUUUAAAAAAAAUUCGUAACGACCCAUUUCUUGCGUAUUCCAUUUUAAAUUAAACUUGAUUUUGUCGAUCGAAUUUAAAAUUGUUCGAUCGAAUUGUUCGAGUAUUAACGAAAUUAUAUUUACGAAGCAGCAUGCUUCGCAACACGUGUUACAUUACAGCGAUAGGUUAGGAAUGCACGAUCGUUUUUUCGUUUCGAUCAUUUUCGAUCGUUGUUCAAAAAAUUCUUGUUGUGAAUUCAUAUUUCGAAGAUACGCGAAUAUAUUGUUUUUUUUUU